AUGAGUGAUCCCAGUAGUGAAGAGGCUCGGGAGCGACUUUUGGUCGAGAGCCUCUUGAAAUUGUCGGGCGAGCACAGCGUGACACACCACGAACCCCUUCAGCCAAAUCAGCGAAUUCAAGGUAAAGUCGGAGGAGCUGUAACAGUAUGGAAAAACCAUCAGGAAGUACGGAAAUCGACAUUCAGGCUGGAAAAUUACUGCAGUGUCUAUCAAGCUGAACUCACGGCAAUCUUAAGAGCAUUGGAACUGAUGCACAAACACAAAGACCUAAGGAAAGGCAUCAUCUUAAGUGAUUCACGCUCUGCCUUAGAAUGCCUGAGCGAUACAUCGUCUCUGCAUCCAUUAGCUGUAGAAAUACGAGAUCGAAUAAAGUCACUAUUAGACAAAGGAGGCGAGGUUAACCUUUGCUGGAUCAAAGCACACAUCGGAAUAGCCGGUAAUGAAAGAGCCGAUGAACUGGCGAAAUAUGCUGCGCUUUCGAACAAGCAAACUCCAGUAUACGAUAAAUUCCCCCUGUCCUUCGCAAAGCGACUUGCCCGGGACUCUACUUGCGUAGAGUGGCAGUUACGAUACAGUGAAGCUACUACGGGAGCUGUAACAAAGAAAUUCCUACCGGACAUAAAAGAAGCAUAUAGAACACUCAAGCAUAUAAAAAUAGACAAUUUAAAAGUACAACUACUAACAGGUCAUGGAGGUUUUAGGGCUUAUUUAUAUAAAUGUAAGCUAGCUCAGUCUCCAUCUUGUGUUUGCAGUAACGAUGAAGAAGAAAAUAUCGAACAUUUAUUAAUAGACUGCCCUAGAUUCGCCAUACAAAGACUUGAAUGUGAACAAAAGAUGGGGAUGAUGCUUACAGUUUAUAAUUUAAGGCAUGCAAUCAACAACGAUGACUGUCGGACCCAUUUCCUUAAGUUUUCAGAAGCAGUGGUACGCACUGCGGGUAAGGCCAAUGGAUCCAAAUUAGUUUAA